CGAUUGAGUCGUUGUUCUACUGUCGAUUGCAACACUUCUGUGCCAGUUUGUUGUUAGUUAUUAUUUUGCCUUAGCUUUAGUAGCCAAAAGUAAAAUAUAUACAAAAAAUAUAUAUACAUACAUAUAUAUGUAAAUAAAAAAGAAAAUUCAAAAAUACCAAAAUAAAAAGUGAAAUAAGAAAAGAGCGCUCCGCUUUUAUAACGAAAUAAAGUGAGAAUCAGUGAUUUCGCUCUCCGUUACGUGUGUGUGUGACACCGUGAGCUUUCAUAGCCAAAUUAUUGGUCACCAGGCGACCGUCGUACGUCUUACGGAUACAUUAUUUCACAAGAAUUUGUAAUAAAGGCGAUCAUUGAUCCAAAAAGGACUUAUUUAAACCAAAACGCUGACAAAGGACAUUUGCGCAUACAAUAAAAAUAUUUAUAUAUAUACAAAUAUAAAAACCGAGCGAGCAAUAAUACAAGCAAAGCGUUCGCACGCAUACAUAAGCGCAAAGCCCAAGUAGCCAUAAUAUUUGGCCCACGUACUUAAAGGCGAACUCAUUUAAUAAUUGAGUAAAAAAAAAUCAAUUUUUAGAGUAUAAACUACGAGUGAUUUUUACUGGUUGUCGCACUCUAGAUAAUAUUGUACACUACUAAGAUAAAAGGAGAAACUCCGAAAAGACAAGGCACACACAACAAAACGAAUCAAAAGCACCAACGCAUAUAAAUCCGAAGGAUAUACAUAUUUAACUAAACCCAGUGGUAGUGAUUAAAAAACCGUCAAAAUUCUUCCCUUUGCAAAUUUUAAAAUACAACCACAGCCCAUGCACAAGAUGGCAGCACCGACCGGAGCAGCGCCGACGGCGGCACUUGAGGCCCCACUAUCCGCCCCGAAAUAUGGUACGCUUAUACCAAACAGAAUAUUCGUUGGCGGCAUAAGUGGCGACACCACAGAGUCGGAUUUAUGUCGCGUAUUCUCCGCCUACGGCAAUGUGAAGUCUACCAAGAUCAUCGUCGAUCGUGCAGGUGUAAGCAAGGGUUAUGGUUUCGUCACUUUCGAGACAGAGCAAGAGGCUCAAAGGCUGCAGACGGACGGUGAAUGUGUCGUGCUAAGGGAUCGGAAACUGAAUAUAGCUCCAGCUAUCAAGAAACAAUCGAUCGUUGCAACGAAUGGUGCUGUUUAUUAUACAACAACACCACCAGCUCCAAUUAGUAAUAUGCCCAUUGAUCAAUUUGCCGCUACGGUCUAUCCGCCAGUUACUGAUUUUACAGCAGCCGGCGUGCCAACAAUUUACCCACCUUCAAUGCAAUAUCAACCAUUUUAUCAAUACUAUAGCGUGCCAAUGGUAAGUGCGGCGAAUGUACCCACCAUUUGGCCACAGAAUUAUCAAGGUAUUUACCCAUGUUAAUUUUGAGGGUACUAACGACAGCAUCCAUAACCACAACUAUGAUCACACGACUACAAUAAACAACAACAACAAAAUGAACUAGUAUAACAGCAACAUUGAUGCUACCACAUUAUAUGCGUAUAGUAAAAGAAAGAAAGAAAGAUUGAGUGAGAGGGCGAGAGAGAUUUGUAAUUUGAUGAAUAUUUGUUUUUUUUUUUUUGUGACAGCAAAUUGAAUGUACUAGUUACACGCAAAUAGUAAGCAAAUUGUAUGAGACAUAAAAACAACAACAACAAAAAAAACAAAAACAACAAAGACACAACUACAACCAGAACCGCAACAACCACACUAGCUUCCUUUAAUACUAAAACUACUACAACUACGAAAAUAUCUACGAGUUCGAAAACAGUAUGACUAAAAAAUGAGUUAGUAUUCAAAACAAAAAAAAAAAAAAAGAGAAACAAGAAAAAAAUGCGACAUAAAACAAUAAUUUAUUUGCGACAACAAAAAAAAUUGUACGCUUUUCUUCAUAAAACAUAAGAGAUAGUGGUGCUGAAUGUCAUACCGUAGGCCGAUCUAAGGCAUAUAUUGAUAUUGUAAGUGGUGCAUGAACAGCGGCAAGGAAACGAAAUCAUAGUCGAAUGCAUAUAGUCGAUGGGAUCAAGUCCGGGCGUGGAUGUUUUCAACCAUUGUUAAAGGCUGCUUUUAGUCAGUAAAAAUAACUCAACGUUAAUAAGAGCAAAUAAAAAUGAUAAAAAAUAAACCAGCAAACAAACAUACAUAAAAACAAGGACUGAAAUGGGGCCGCCGUUUAUUUAGAGAAUGAUUUAUAAAUAAAAAUACGCGCACAUACACACAAAUACAAACAUAACAUAUACACAUACCUUUAAAGAACUACACAUACUCUUCUAUAUAUGUAUGUGUAAUCUAUUAACUUGAAAACGUACAGUUUAGAUUUAAAAAGAAAAGAAUUAAAACAAAAAAGGAAAUAUAAGUCGAGCUAAUUAAAUUAUUAAUGAGGAUUUGCAAUGCUGAAUAAGUAUGUACGUACGUAUAUCACGAAGAAUGGAAAAAAUUACUAAAUUUUAAAACCAGUGAAACAAAAUAGUCUUACACGAAUUGCUACAAAACGUAUGUGUGUACACAUCCAUACAUAUAUCGAAAGAUAUUUAACUGCUACGUCGUAUAGCGCCAGUAAAUGUUUAUUGUUUUCGAAAACAAUGUACGUAUAUGUUGAUAUUUUCGAAUUUUCGAAAGAAAAUACAAAUACCAAAACGGUUUUGCCGUACCAUAACGAAUCGUAGUUAGUUCUAGAAAGCAGAGAAAGACAAGUUGGACACGUCUGUAGUUUGUAGAGGAAAUAUAAAGGAAUGAAGUAUAUACAUAUAUGAAUUAUUUAAAACGGAAAGUGAAAACGGAAAACUUGUUAUAAUGCUAAGCAACAACAAAACAAACAAAAAAAAUUAACAAAAAACAAAAAAAUCUAAAUUAUAACUUAAUAAGAAAGAAAUAUAUUAUUUAUUGAUUUCAAUUAUUACUAUAAUAAAUAUUAUACACAACUCUAUAUAUAUAUAAAUAUAUUGAUAAUGACAAGAAGUAUAUAUUAUUACUAUUAUAUACUUAUAUAAAAUAUAUAUCUAAAUAUAUAUAUAUAUAUAUAUAUACAUUAGACAAAUUAUAUUUAAAGAAUUUAAAGUAAGAUACGACGAAUUAAAAACACCGGCUGGACCUGUGAACCGGCAAAACCAAAAGCUGAACAUUAAAAAAAAAUUCAAUAAAAAAUACACAUUACAAAAAUAUUAAAAAAAAUAUAUAUAUAUAGUAUAUCUAUUAUUAGUAUAAACUUUUAUUGGUAUAAGACAUGAAUUAUAGAAGAGUCAGUCUUCACUACAAACAACACAAAACCAUAUUGAACUUAACUUAACAGGAUUCGAUACUGUAACAAAAUUAUAAAGAAAUCAACUUAGAACAUCAUAAAAUAGUAUUUAACAAAAAAAAUAAACGAACAAAAAACAAAACAACUAAAAAUAUGCAAGUUCUUCUAAAAAAGAUAACUAAAAGAAUUCAUUUAAGUAAUAAAUUUAGAAUGAGAAACACAAUAAAUUCGAAAAAACUAAAUUAUAUCGCAUUCAUACGUAUGUACGUAUAAGCAUAUAGGCAAAAUAAAAGAAUCUGAGUAGGAUUAUACACACAAUAUUAUAAAGUGAAAAAAAUCACAAAAAUAAAAAGUAAAAUAAAAAUAAAUAUAUAUACAUACAUAUAUACAAUACAUAUUUUAUUGUAAGUAAGAAAACAAAACGCGUAUAAUUAUUGAUAAAUAUUAAAAUAAUAUACAACGCAUAUUUAAAUAUAUUGAUAAAUGAUGAUAGCCCAUGAAUGUAGUAUGGUAAACAAAAAUACUUACUGAAAAUUACAAAAAAAAAAAAACAAGAAUAUUGAAAUAAAUAAAACGUAGUUAUUAACGCCACAACAAACAAACAAAAUAAGCAAUAUAUGCAUAUUGAAACUAAAAUAAUAAUAUAAAUAAAAAAAAAUGCAACAAAUGCAAAUAAAAAUUUUAUUUUUAAGUAUUUAAUAAAAAAAAAAACACUGAACUAAAAAAUUAAAUAAAAACAAAGGUAAUCAAAUAAAACUGUGAACUAAAUAUGUAUGUAUUUGCAUAGUUCAGUCUUCGCUAAGACGUUACCAAGACCGAUACAAAAAUGCAAUAUGAUUUUUAAACUUCUAUAAAAUUAAUUUUUUUUUAUUAAAGAAAAGACAAUAUAAGCAAAUAAAUGCUCAUAAGCAAUUGAACGUGAAGUCAUUGGACCACCUAAAAAGCAAGAAAGAGAAAAGAAACACGCUCUAACGAAAAGAGCGCAUAUACUGUUUUCAAAAAAAAAAAGAAAAAAAAA